AUGGGUUGGUGAAGUUAUGGUGAACAAAUGGUGGACGGAGCAAUUGUGAAAUUGACAAGUGAAUUUCUCGGUGGAUUUUUGCAGAGUAGGAACAAAUUGAAAUAGAUGAAAAGUGGCUAAAACAAUCAAUUGGAGUAUGAUAGUAACGUUAUGAUAUUGACCUGUGCGAUAUAUGCCCAUGUUUGACCGCAAAUUGUGGAUUUUCUCGGGGCUGUGUGCUGAGCAUAUUGUUUGAGCAUUGUGUUCGCCUCAACAUCACUAUCCCAAACCAAAAAACCAACCUGACAUCUUGGAAAAGCACACAACAAAAAAAGAAGGAUUUGUCCAGCAUCACAGAUUCGGGCGGAAAUGGAGCUCAGAGUGGGAAAUAAGUAUAGGCUGGGCAGAAAAAUUGGUUCUGGAUCGUUUGGAGAUAUCUAUUUAGGCACAACGAUCUCAACAGGCGAAGAAGUUGCCAUCAAAUUAGAAUGUAUCCGGACGAAACAUCCACAGUUGCACAUAGAGAGCAAAUUCUACAGAAUUAUGCAGGGCGGAGUUGGCAUACCACGAAUUAAAUGGUGUGGCUCCGAGGGUGAUUACAACGUGAUGGUGAUGGAACUUCUGGGACCAUCGCUCGAGGAUCUCUUCAAUUUUUGCUCCAGAAGGUUCACGCUUAAGACGGUCCUUUUGCUUGCCGAUCAAAUGAUUUCGCGUAUUGAUUACAUCCAUUCGAGAGACUUCAUUCACCGUGACAUUAAGCCAGACAAUUUUCUGAUGGGUUUGGGCAAGAAGGGUAAUUUAGUGUAUAUCAUUGAUUUUGGUUUGGCGAAGAAGUACCGUGACACACGUACACAGCGACAUAUACCAUAUAGAGAGAAUAAGAAUUUGACAGGAACUGCCCGAUAUGCAUCAAUAAAUACACAUUUGGGCAUUGAACAGUCAAGGCGUGAUGAUCUGGAGUCAUUGGGAUAUGUCCUGAUGUACUUCAAUUUGGGCACAUUGCCGUGGCAGGGACUGAAGGCGGCCAAUAAGAGACAGAAGUACGAGAGGAUUUCGGAGAAGAAACUCUCGACGCCCAUUGAGGAAUUGUGCAAGGGAUUCCCUGCUGAAUUUCCCACCUAUCUCACAUACUGCCGACAAUUGCACUUUGAACAGAGGCCCGACUAUUGCUAUCUGCGAAAACUCUUUAGGACACUUUUCCAUAGACAAGGAUUCACCUAUGAUUACGUUUUCGAUUGGAAUAUGCUGAAAUUCGGUGGCUCACGCAGUACAGCUGGCCCCAAUGAGGAAAUUGAGGGCGGUGGUGGCGGAGCGAAACGCACCCAAAUGACCACCAAUACAAUGGAGGAGCCCACAAACUCCUCACGACCAUACGAUACGCCCGAGAGGAGAUCUUCGAUACGUAUCCGUGGGCAGAGUGUGGUGAAUGAUAUGCGAAAUGUGAAAUAGUUUUCAUAAGGGGAAUGGCAUUGAGGAAAAAAAAAUUAAUUAACACAGAGAGGACGCAUAAAAAAUAAUUAUUAAAAAAAGAGAUGAUGCAAAAAAAAUUAAAGAUUUAAGAUGAAGGAAAAAAAAAACUUUAAAUAUGGAAUAACAAAUUUAUCCAUAUUUAAACUUACUAUUAUUAAAAUGCAAAUAUUCUGAUAGUGAGCGAGAUGUGAGCGACAACAUGAGAGCUGGGGAACAUUUUUAGUAUGAGGGUCCGUUUAGUCCCUCGGCCCUAAGACUUAAAAAAAAAACAAACAAACAAAAUACCUUAUAAUUAAUUAUACAAUUGAAAAAAUAAUUAUUUAAGGUGAUGAAUAAAAAAACGUGAGCGUAAAUUUCAAAAACAAAAUAAAAAAAGAAUAAAUUAUUCAUAAUAAUUAAUAAAAAAAAAACAAAAAACAAAGAAAAACCGAUGUGAAAAUUCUCCUCAGUCUUUAAUUUCGUUUCACAUCAAUGAGACAAUUAAUUAAAAAAAGAAGAAAACUCUCGAAACACGAGAGAUGAUAAAGAAAAAAAUAUAUAAAUAUUAAAAAAAAAAUCAAUGGUAAGGGAUAAAAAUAUCAUAAAGUGAAAAAAAAAAACAAUUUUUAAGUGUAUAUUUGAUCACGUUAAAAUUAAAAAAAAGAAGAAACAAAAUAAAACUAUAAUGAAAUUAUUUAGGAA